CUAGGAUAAUUUUUUAAAAUUUUCAGACACUAUGAGCUUAUGGUCUGAAGAAGAAUGUCGCAGCUUUGAAAAUGGACUACGGACCUAUGGGAAAGACUUCCAUUUAAUACAACAAAACAAGGUAAGAACACGUUCUGUUGGGGAAUUAGUUCAGUUUUACUAUUUUUGGAAGAAAACAGAACGGCAUGAUGUUUUUGCUAGUAAAAAUCGCCUUGAAAAGAAGAAGUACGCACUUCAUCCAGGGACAACGGACUACAUGGACCGUUUCCUAGAUGAACAAGAGAACUCUCCCACCCAAAGGGACCAGUCUUCCAGCCCUUUUUUCCAGCGACUUAUGUCUGGGGAAUCAAGGCGACAGGUUCCUAGUCCAGCUACUACCAAUGAAACAAUUCCUGAAAAGCAAAAUUUCUCAUAUGCAAGAGCAGAAGGAGGUAAAAAUGCAUGUUAUCAUGAAGGUACAAAAAGUUUAGAAAGAACUAGUGGAGAGGAUAGGUCAUUGACUCACAUGAAUAAUGGGAAAGUACCUCCUGUACACAUUAGACCACUUGACGGAUCCACCACAGGAAAACAACCAGUCACUUCAACUGGUAUGGAUGUCAUUACAUCCCAACCUGCUGAUUUCAGGAAUAUUUAUUCAAUAAAGCAUUACACCGAAAGUCCAGCAGUUCAUAGCUCAUGACAUCGUGUCACCUGUUGUAUAUCAAUAAAUUAUACAAUUCAUAACUUUUCACCAAAGUUUUAGCAUGUCACUGUGUGUGUGUUUGCAAAAAAGGUAAGGUUCUUGUUCGAACACAAGGUCUCAGGUCAUAUAUAGGAAGACUUAACAUUUUGGGUUGUGAGUUAUUUUAUUUGGUGAAACUAUGGUUGGAUUUUAAGAAGAAACUAAAUGCGUAUUUUAACCAUAGAGUAGUUUAAGGGUCCUUAUAUCAUGGUGUUUUUAUACUUGUACCAUCCAUUAAAUUGUGAAGUGUUUUAAUACUUGUCAACUGUAUGAAUACAGAGUCUAAAUCUUUUUCUAAAAAUAUUUAACUGCUAUAAAGAGAAAAUGGAGUUAUAUUUACAAAGAUCUUAAGUUUCUAUAUACAUAUUUAUCCUAGUUCAGCAUCCAUGUCUUGUUUGAAAGUUUUUCUCAAAUCAAGGUUGGGCUUACCAAGCAAAAUUGGUGUGAUAUAAAUCUGUCUUGUUUAAGUAUAUUAUUUCAUGCUCAGUAAGAUUAAGCAACUCUCCAGUGAAUGUAUUACUUAUAGUAAACCUCGGCUUACACUGGAUCUACUUGUAUUUUGUUCAACUCAGAAUAAGUAUUGAUUGUUGUUGAAUUAUUGUAAUCACAAUUAAGGCAUAAAGGCCUUUUACACAGAUACAAAAUAAAAUAUUUUACAAAAAAAAAAAAGAUUUGUAAACUUUGAAAAAAUUCUUUUUUUUUCCAAUGUUCUGUUUAUAUCUUUAUUAAAUGGAAUUGGUUAUAUACAACCUGAAGGAAACAACAAUUAAAUACUUUCUUGUAAAUCUUAAUAUCAUUAUAAUUAAUUAUAUAAAUUAUAAAAAAGACUUCUGUAUUAGCCGUGAAUCGAUGAUUCACCUUUCAGUGUCUCCUGGCUUUUAAUUCUGCAUACUACUACAAUCUCAGAUGUUGUCCUGUUCAUACUUUUCAUUAGAUUCUUUCUUACACACUUCUAAAGUACCUUUUUUGUAAAAGUUACUAUGCUUCAUUACAGAUUGAUAUGUUUUUCAUUAUAAUAUGUUAUUUUGCUUUAAACAUGGCCAGGUUGACUUGCUGAACUCUUAUUAUACCAAGUAAUCUUGACGACAUAAAUUAAACGAGUAAAGUUCCUGUAAUUUAUGCAUGGCCAGGUGGUUAGAGCUCUUGACUCGCAAUCUGAGGGUUGCGGGUUUGAAUCCCCAUCCCACCAAACAU